AUGCAGAAGAUGCGCGUCGACUGUUGUUUCUUGCUGUCCAAAACACGCUGGGGGCACCUUCAUGAGAAAGAUGCCGGGGUCAUGUACUUGGAUCUCACUUUUCACCAGCCUGCGAAAUGCAAGCUUUCGCACGCAACCGUUACCUUGGAUUUCCACGAGGUUGAGAGUUCCGAAACUUCAAAUUCUGGGCUUUCUCAUGAACCUUCCGACCUUGAAGUGACCGAGUUUUUCGGCCCCCAAAUAUUGACAGCAGAGAAAAGGGAACGUUUAGUGUCUACGACCUUGGAGGCCAAUCCCACUGUUGGCAUCGGGGGUGCUACGUUUCAAGGAAUGAGGUUUGCGCGAUCAUCUGUCGUCAGUUAUGCAUCACGCUGGCAGUUUGAAGGCUCGCGAUUUGCACCAGAUCCACCUCCUAUUGGUAGCAAUUCUCGAAACAGCCGAUAUCGCCGAGUUGUCUGGCAUUUACAAGAAAAUGAACUUGAGAAGCAAGCUGUACAACAAAAUACCGUUCAUUCGGCUGUCGCAUUCACUCAUCAAUCGAAGCCAUUCUAUCUUGAUGUCAAGAUUGAGGCCAAGUUACAUCGGUGGCAUGACAGACUAAAGCAAAAGCUUGUCUGCCCGCCACGAAAUCGAAAAUCGUUUGCGAGGGCCACAAUCCAACCAUCUAUGAAAAAGGCAAUUGAUGCCGAUUUUGCCAAGUUGGCGAUGGAUCUUAACAAGUCUAUGACUGAUGCUAAUCUACAUCCUGUAAAUGGUGCGCUCUUCAAGUUCUAA